AUGAAUUAUAUCGACUUAAACACUCAACCCACUAAAUUUUGGGAACUCGAAGAAGUUUAUGAAAAACCAGCCCAAUCUAAUGAAGAUAUCUUCUGCGAAAAUUUAUACAAAAAUACAACAUUUAGAGACGAAAAUGGUCGUUUUGUUGUUUCUCUGCCUUUUAAAUCCGAAUAUUCCAAUAAUAUUCCCCUUGGCAACUCUCGCAACUCUGCUUUAUCCCAAUUUCUAAGAAAUGAGAGUAGACUCAAUAAUAACCAUAAAUUAAAGCAAGAUUACGAUAAAGUAAUCGAAGAAUAUACAUUUUUGAACCAUAUGAUUCCCGUAAAACCCGAUUUAUCUACAUUCUCUAACUCUUCAUACUAUUUACCCCAUCACUCUGUGCUCAAACCCGAAUAUACAACUACUAAACUACGUGUUGUAUUCAAUGCCUCUAACCCCUCUUCGUCUGGAUUAAGUCUAAAUGACGUAUUAUACCCCGGACCAGUUUUACAACAAGAAUUAACUGUCCUAAUAACCCGUUGGCGAUUGAUUUUAUUCCGCUGUUCGCCUGAAAAAGAACCCCAAGAAUUUGAGCUACAGACCGUAACAUUUGGAGUUAACUGUGCUCCAUAUUUAGCCCUGAGAAUUCUUCUCGAACUUGCAGAAUGUUGUAAUAAUGAUUACCCCGAAAUCUCUACCAUACUCAAAGAGAAUAUGUAUGUCGAUGACGUACUAUCAGGAUCACAUGACCUUUCGGUAGCCCUAAAAUCAAGAGAUAACCUAAUUAAAAUCCUAAAUUCUUCUUGGAUUCCCUCUCCGUAA